GUUCGAGUUCAGAUUCGCUUAGAGACAUCAUGGCAGAAACCGCUCCAGCAGCUGCUGCGACCAAAGCGGCCAAGAAGAAACCAGCAGUUAAACGCAAGACAACGGGCCCAGGCGUCGGCGAGCUCAUUGUCAAGGUUGUGUCCGCAUCUAAGGAGAGGAGCGGCGUGUCCCUCGCCGCCUUAAAGAAAGCUCUCGCUGCCGGUGGCUACGACGUGGAGAAGAACAACUCCCGCGUCAAGAUCGCCGUCAAGAAGCUGGUGACUAAAGGCACUUUGGUCCAGACCAAAGGAACCGGCGCCUCGGGUUCGUUCAAGCUCAACAAGAAACAAGCCGAGAUCAAGACAAAACCCGCUAAGAAAGCUGCUCCUAAAGCCAAGAAGCCCGCAGCCAAGAAACCUGCCGCCGCUAAGAAACCCAAAACCGCAGCAGCAAAGAAGCCGGCCGCUAAGAAAUCCCCGAAGAAGGCCAAGAAACCCGCUGCUAAAAAGGUAACGAAGAGUCCUAAAAAGGUAACCAAGAGUCCUAAAAAAGCAGCGACUCCUAAGAAAGCAACCAAGAGCCCUAAAAAGGUCAAAGCAGCCAAACCCAAAACGGCGAAACCCAAAGCGGUGAAACCCAAAGCCGCCAAACCUAAAAAGACAGCAGCCAAAAAGAAAUAA